UUCUUAUUAAAUUCAUUAACAAUUUUAGGUCCGACGUCCGAACGAAUAAAACAGUAAACACACUGUUCCUACACAUGCAUGCUUCAAAAAUUAUAAAACACAGUAACAUGGCGAACAUUAUUGACAUCGACGCAGUCUUAAAACUAGCAAUCGAACAACUCAAAGCAAUUGACAGUAUCAUAAUUUCAGACGAAUAUUAUACGACCGAUGUCACCGAAGAAGUCAUGGAAGAUUUGUUGUCAAAAAUGUGCUAUGACGAUUUGUUGCACAGCGGAGACGCGCCGUCAUCGGGAGAGCCUGCGCAGCCGGUCGAGUGUACCCUUGAACAAGGAAUGGCUGCCGACAUUUCCGAUGACGGUCCAAAAGACGACGUACUGGAUGUGGUUGUUGGAAAGGACAUAGUACCGGUCAAGAGUGCGGAAGUGAGGAACAUGUUAGGGGACCUGGUCGGCUGGCUAGAUCCGGAUGUAACUGCACCGCAACUCGGUCCACGCCAAUGGAUAUUCUCCGCAGUUUGGAAAAGCGUCAGACGGGUUUUGCCGUGUGCGUGUUGCAUCCGACGCGAUUUGCAUCAGCGGGCACAACCUUCACCCCUUGACCGAAAACACCGGAUAGGAUGACGGCGACAUAAUAGGACCGGGGGCAUAUGAAAAAGAGCACGGAUACGGUGCGUAGCGGUAAGUCAACCGCGCACGUUUUCCGACCACUCGUGGUGCGACAAGUUUGCAGACGUCGAAUGUUCGGUGGCCGAUAUGAUGGACCCUCUGCAGGCGACUAGGUGAGAGCCCUACUGCUUUGGUCUAUAGCUGAGCGAUGGAUGACAACGAUAAAGUGGUUAGUUGUACCGGCGCAGGCAACGGAUUCCGCCUUGACCGCAGUACUGACGACAAAGUGGCAAUUCGUUACGGCGGCUGUAGAGACUUUGACGCGAGGUGAGCGAUAUAGUAUAAAAGCUAGGAACGUGGAUGUCAGUGCCACCGGACCCGCAGGUUUCCAGGUCCGACGGCGAGGGACUCCGUGGCAGCCACCGAACGCAGACGUGGUCGACUGGACGCAGUCUAUAAUCUACGGAGAGUAUAUAUCUGUACCGUGGCGCGUUGUGACUAAAGUCGGCAAAUCACUCUAUUUUUCGUCCCACAACGAUUCCGUCAGCCGAAUCCCAGCUUCCGGUCACCGCCGAUUCCGCAGUAUUAUAUCUUAUUCGAUCGUCCAGUGCGUUUUAGUCUCUCCGCCAUCCGUAGCCAAUCGUCUCAUCUGCUGCAACGUCGACGCGCAUGACAUCGCGCACUAGCUGAUCGCCGUCAAUUGUCGAUUCGCAGCCGAAGCUGUCGUGUCUCGUGCCCUCGCCCGCCGUGUCAUGGUAAGAUAAGGUUAGUCAUGGUCUUCGUAUCACGCCCCCGAACAUUCACGCCAGCGAUAUUCGUCCGCCUGCGAGAUACCGGUCGUGAGAAUUUUGCAAAGCUCAAAAUGAAACUUUACCUGGACGAAAUGUGUCGAGUGAACUUCCCAGGUGACACUAUUAAUGGAUUACUCUGCAUACGAGAAUGUUUUGAUUUCAGUCUUGAACCCAGGAUUAGGGUCAGUGGAUUUACGCGUAUAUGGAAACGGGGUCUCACAAAUAAUGUAGUAACCAAUGGUGAAACUGAUGAAUACUUGUUGUUUUUCAACGGAAUGGCAGAGUUAAAUAAGGAAGACAGUACACAUAUAACUAAUAUGUCACUAAUUGAUGAAAUAGAAGGUUAUUCCAAAAUAUUUAAGUUCAACAUUAUUUUGCCGAAUAAUUUACCAUCAUCACAUGAAGUUCCAUUUGGUCAUACAAGGUAUAAAAUUGAAGCACAUUAUAAUGGUUUAACCACUUUUGAUUAUUUUAAUGUUAACCAAUGGGUUGGUUUGGACAAACGUAAUGACACUAUUGAUAAACGUGCAAUAUUUUCUGUGCCAUUGUAUGCAUUUUGUCAAUCAAUUGAAAUGAUAUUAAAUUUGAACCAGUCUUAUUAUUUACCAGGUGAAACUGUUUAUGUAAUAGCUAUGAUACAAAACAAUUCUAGAACAGAUAUACUUUUCUCAAAAAUAGUCAUUGUUCAGACUACAAAGUACUGGAAGACUCGUCAGCUAUUACCAAUAAAACAUGUCAGAAUAAUUGCAGAAGGGAUAAGAGGAUAUAUAUCUAGUGGAAAUAAACAAAUAUGGGACAGUCAUCCUUUAAAUUUACCUGCAAUUAUUCCCACUACAAAUAUAUCCAACAAUCCAUUUAACUACUUUGAAGUCAAGUAUAAAAUUAAGAUGCUCAUUACAUUGAAAAACUCAAAUAAGAAAAAAGUGUUAAAACAACAUUUAUUUAUUGGUAAUUGGGAUAAAAGUAUCGCAACUGAUGGUAAACAAUUUAUAGACAUACUGCAAAAUAAUGACACAGUUUAUAAUGUGAACUCCAAUGCUUUACACAAAACGUUUAAGUACUUUCACCCAGUGGCGUAAUUAGACACUUUUUCUUGGGUAGGCUCAAUAUUUUGAUGUAAGGAUUAUCAAUGAAUAUUUUUAUUAAAUAAAAAAGUAACAGAAUAUUGUAUAUUAUACAUUUACUAGCUGAAUUACCUGGCGUUGCCCGGAAAAAACUCCUUUUAGGUGUAAAACGCUAUGGAAGCGUUGUCGAAAAGAAGAAUGUCUAGCAACAAUAUAAAUAUAUAAUAAUAUAAUAUUUCAUUAUAAAUGUAAAUAAUAGCACGUAGGUUGUACAGUUAAAAUUAGUUUUAUAAUAAUUAAUAGCUGGUAUAACUGCCAAAUGAACAACAGCAGGAAACCGUUUAUGCAUCAGAUAUGAAUAAAUUCUCCAAAAAUCCUCAUUAGUGCUGAUGUAGCGUCCUAUUUGAUAUUGAGCAAUUUCAUCGUGACUAUUGUCAGCAGCUUCUCUGGAAACAGCCAUAUCACUGCCUUUG